CCUCCUGUUUGUGCUUGAUUCCUCAAACCGUGGCUCGUUCAUCUCCCCAGCAGUGCAAUUCUCUGCAUCGGCCCAGAUUCCCAAUGUUCUGACUGGGUCUAAGAUGAAGGUAUGGAAGUUCGCAGCCAUAGGCACCAUGGUCUUUGGCUCCAUGGUCUCGGUUUUGGUUUGUAGAGACGUGCUCAGCCGCAGCCUCAAAUCCGCUGCCUUCCCUUUGUCGCUGUUCUCCAGAGCUGCCGCCGCCUCCUCUCCCUCGCUGGCCCAGGGGCCGAGAAGACUUCCACGGGAGCUGGGACGCCGCCGCGGGUCGCUGAUCUCCCAGUAUAGCACUUUGUUUGAGCGCUACACAGAGGGGGAAAUCCACCAGCUCAUCUCCACGCUGAUCGAGCGCUACAGCCAGUCCAUGAACUCGGGCGGCCACGAGCUGCCUCUCUUGGCCAAAGCCGGCAACCGGAUGAAGCGCGCCAAGGCCCGCCACAAGCCCUGCUCCCUCAAGGAGCUGGAGGUGACCAUCAGUGAGCUGGGCCUGGGCUACAACUCGGAUGAGACGGUCCUCUUCCGCUACUGCAGUGGGACCUGUGACUCAGCCGUGAGGAACUACGACAUCUCCCUGAAGAACGUCCGGAGCAUGAGGAAGAUCCGGAAGGAGAAAGUGCGAGCCCGUCCGUGCUGUCGGCCCUUGUCCUACGACGACGACAUCUCCUUCUUGGAUGCGGGGAACCGAUACUACACGGUAAACGAGGUCUCAGCCAAGGAAUGUGGCUGCGUGUGACCGGGUGGCAGGAGGAUGAAACGCCAACAAGAAGCGAGGGAGUCCCCGUCUCCCUCGGCUGCACCCAAGGGUGGCGAGCCGGGGUGCUCGUCCAAGGAGGAGCGCAAAGGAGAGCAGGUGAGAGAAGACCAGACGGCAACAAGGCUUUGAGAGUCUACCU